AGCACCCGGGAUACCGUGCUGAGCCGGGAGCGCGGCCUCUCCUUCCACCAAUUUCUGGAAAUGAUUUUCCUAAAAAUGCAAAUUUUAUCAUGCUGGUUCCCUGAAGGAAGGAUUUUAAUCCCUUGGGCUCUUCAGUGCCUACAAGUGGCCACUCUGCAUGGCAAACUGCUAUUGACACUUCAGCUCUAGCUCAGAUAUUAUGUCCUCUGAAGCCUUUCCCAGCAUCACCAGCACCAUCACCAGAGUCGUGAAAGAGGUGGUCAGGACAUAAGCAAGGCGCUGUGGUUGAAAAGCCUGAAUCAAAAUGACUCACAGAUUUCCAACUGAUACCAUUCAGCGCUCAAAAUGGAUCAGGGCUGUUAAUCGUAUGGACCCCAGAAGCAAAAAGAUUUGGAUUCCAGGACCAGGUGCUAUGCUAUGUUCCAAACACUUUCAAGAAAGUGACUUUGAGUCAUAUGGCAUAAGAAGAAAGCUGAAAAAAGGAGCUGUGCCUUCUGUUUCUCUAUACAAGGUUCUCCAAGGUGUACACCUUAAAGGUAAAGCAAGACAGAAAAUCCUAAAACAGCCACUUCCUGAUAAUUCUCAAGAGGUUGCUACCGAGGACCAUAACUACAGUCUAAAGAGACCUCUCACAACAGGAGCAGAGAAACUGGCUGAGGUGCAACAGAUGCUACAAGUGUCCAGAAAAAGACUUGCUUCUGCAAAAAACUACAGGAUGAUAAAGAAGAGAAAGGGCUUGCGAUUAAUUGAUGCACUCGUAGAAGAGAAGCUACUUUCAGAGGAAACAGAGUGUCUGCUACGAGCACAAUUUUCCGAUUUUAAGUGGGAGUUGUAUAACUGGAGAGAAACAGCUGAGUACUCCACAGAAAUGAAGCAAUUUGCGUGUACACUCUACUUGUGCAGUAGCAAAGUCUAUGAUUAUGUAAGAAAGAUUCUUAAACUGCCUCAUUCUUCUAUCCUCAGAACAUGGCUGUCCAAAUGCAAACCCGGUCCAGGUUUCAGCAGCAACGUUUUUUCUUUUCUCCAACGAAAAGUAGAGAAUGGAGACCAGCUAUAUCAAUAUUGUUCACUGAUAAUAAAAGGUAUAUCUCUCAAGCAACAACUUCAGUGGGACCCCAGCAGUCACCAUUUGCUAGGGUUUAUGGACUUUGGUCUUGGCAAACUUGAUGCUGAUGAAACGCCACUUGCCUCAGAAACUAUUUUGCUCAUGGCAGUGGGUAUUUCUGGUCACUGGAGGACACCUCUUGGUUAUUUUUUUGUAAACAGGGCGUCUGGAUAUUUGCAAGCUCAGCUGCUUCGUCUGACGAUUGGCAAACUGAGUGACAUAGGGGUCACAGUUCUAGCCGUCACGUCUGAUGCCACAGCUCACAGUGUUCAGAUGGCAAAAGCGUUGGGGAUACAUCUUGAUGGCGACAACAUGAAGUGUACAUUUCAGCAUCCUUCAUCUUCUAGUCAACAGAUUGCAUACUUCUUUGAUUCUUGCCACUUGCUUAGAUUAAUAAGAAAUGCAUUUCAGAAUUUUCAAAGCAUUCAGUUUAUUAAUGGCACAGCACACUGGCAGCACCUUGUGGAGUUAGUAGCACUAGAGGAACAGGAAUUAUCAAGUAUGGAGAGAAUCCCAAGAAAACUGGCAAAUUUGAAGAACCACAUACUGAAAAUGAAUUGUGCUGCCCAACUCUUCAGUGAGAGCGUGGCCAGCGCGUUAGAAUGUUUGCUGUCAUUAGGCCUGCCUCCUUUUCAAAACUGUAUUGGUACCAUCCAGUUCUUACGCUUAAUUAACAAUCUGUUUGACAUUUUUAAUAGUAGGAACUAUUAUGGAAAGGGACUUAAAGGACCUCUCUUACCCGAAACUUUUAAUAAAAUCAACCAUGUGUUAAUUGAAGCCAAGACUAUUUUUGUUACAUUAUCUGACAUUAGCAAUAAUCAAAUAAUUAAAGGUAAGCGAAAACUGGGAUUCCUGGGAUUUUUGCUUAAUGCUGAGAGCUUAAAAUGGCUCUACCAAAAUUAUGUUUCCCCAAAAGUCAUGCCUUUUCCGUAUCUUCUGACUUACAAAUUCAGUCAAGAUCAUCUGGAAUUAUUUCUAAAGAUGCUUAGACAGGUAUUGGUAACCAGUUCUAACCCUACCUGCAUGGCAUUCCAGAAAGCUUACCAUAAUUUGGAGACCAGAUACAGAUUACAAGAUGAGGUUUUUCUAAGUGAAGUAAGCAUCCUUGACAUUUCAGUUGCUCGAAGGACGGACUUGGCCCUUUGGACAGUUCAGCGUCAGUAUGGUAUCAGCGUUAUAAAGACUCUUUUUCGCAAAGAGGAUAUUUGCCAAGACUGGUCUGACUGUUCGCUAAGUGAGGCAUUGCUAGACCUGUCAGAUCAUAGGCAAAAUCUUACCUGUUGUGCUGGUUAUAUUGCAAAUAAGUUAUCAGCUCUUUUAACAUGUGAGGACUGCAUCAGUGCACUAUAUGCAUCAGAUCUCAAAUCCUCUAAAAUUGGAUCACUGUUAUGUGUUAAAAAGGAAAAUGGCUUGCAUUUCCCUUCAGAAAGUUUGUGCCGAGUCAUAGAUAUUUGUGAGCGAGUUGUAAGAACCCAUUCAAGAAUGGCAGUUUAUGAACUACUACUUCCUAAACAGAGGGAAUUUUAUCUUCAGCAAAAAAUAUUACAUGAGCUUUCCGGGCAUAGUUAUCUUUUUGUAGAUUUAGAUAAGCAUCUCUUUGAUGGAGAAGUGUGUGCCAUCAAUCACUUUGUAAAGUUACUAAAGGACAUAAUAAUCUGUUUCUUAAAGAUCAGAGCUAAAGGUGUAACUCAGUACCCUUUAAAACACCAUUCAGAAAGAACUGAAAUGAAAACUUUGUCAAGGAAACACUGGUCAUCUUUACAGAAUUACAAAUGUUCAAGUUUUGCUAAUACCAGUAAAUACAGGCAUUUGCUAAGGAACGAUGGCUAUCCGUUCAAAUGAAGGACCUAAAAUAUAUUAAAAUUUUUAUUAAAAAUAAUUAGUCAACGUUUACUUUAAAAUUCAACUUACUAUAUUUUACAAAUUGACCAUUCUGCAGAGUGGACAAGUUUGUGGUUCUGACUUAGGAAUUUCUAUCAUGCAUAUUAUCAAAUCUGCUCGGACUUUGGUGGGGCUUGCAAGCAUUUCAGAGUUACCCAAAAUGUAGAAAGCAAUAAGUCAGUCAGCAGGAACAGACUAGCCAACAGGUGCUGUCUUUGAAUUUACUGUUAUACGACUGAGUAAUUUGACCGGACAUACUUCGAAAACAAGGGAGAAUAAUGAUGAGGAGUCACCAAAACAUUGACCCUUUUUAUAAAGACUACAUUCCCUAAAAGAGCUUUGGU